CGCAGAGAUCCGGAGGAAUCGGGUGUCUCCCGGCCAUUAUCCGGAUACCAACCCCCUCUCUUCCGGGGUUGUAGCUUUGUGCUACUAGCCCGGACAAGUGCAAGUACCCCUUCCAAUCAAGCCUAGGAUCGGUAGGGCCCGAUUUAGUGUUCUUCGGUUGUGGAAUGCCAUCCUCAGAGCAGCGCGGGUGUCACGCUGGGGAAAACAAGGUGAUGUCAGUGCAGUAUCACCGAGUAACAAGUGGUCGCUUCACUGGAAUCCUCACCUUCCGGCUCCUUUCCUGCCCGUAUAUGCCGGUGAGGCGACUGACUCUGAAAUUCGUCCAUUUAUAGGCUGAUUCCUGCCCAGCUGGUCAUACCAUCCAGUUGUUGCAGAUCGCACACGCAGCCUCUCGACCAGUAUGGAAGCCGACCUCGAGAAAAUCCAAAGAUCUCCUUCUUUGCGGAGCGUGACAGAUGAACGGCAAGAUACCCCCGGAACUCCACUCCCAUCGCGUGGGUCGAGAUAUGAACGAUGGACGAAGAACAUCAAAGGCUUAGAGACCCGUGGGAUAGAGCCCGUGUCUCUUGAAGAACGACUGAAGAACACGAGCUCGACCUCUUUCCGAAUGCUGCUCACGUGGUUCAGCAUGGGCAUGGCGAUCAACAAUAUUGUGACCGGAUCCUUAGGAACGUUGGUCAUGAAGCUAAGCUUCGCCGACGCUGCCCUGUGUGCGAUCUUCGGAACACUCCUAGGAGGUAUCGGAGUCGGUUAUAUGAGUACCUGGGGCCCUAGAAGCGGGAACCGCACACUGAUUGUGGCCCGGUAUUUCAUGGGAUACUAUCCCAGUAAGGUCUGCUGUAUACUGAAUGUGUUAACCAACUUGGGCACCGGCAUGAUGAGUGCCACAGUAGGAGGUCAGUUGCUUUCCAAGCUAUCAGGAGGGGCAGUAUCUGUCAUCGUUGGCAUCGUCAUCGUCGCGUUGGUGACUUGGGUUAUGGCUACAUUUGGAAUGCAGAUCUUCCAGUUCUAUGAGAGAUAUGCCUGGUUUCCCCAAACAUUAGUCUUCUGCCUGCUCACUGGCUCGGCCGGGCCGCAAUUUGAUUUUCACAGCCCAUCCAUUGGCCCUUCCAAUCAGCUCAACGCGAAGCGUCUGACAUUCUUCUCACUGUGUUUAUCCAUUCCCUUGUCGUGGAUCCCAGUAGCUGCCGAUUACCACGUUUACUACUCUCCUGAGAUCAAGCGAUGGAAGGUAUGGACCGUGACCACGAUCGGAAUAAGCAUUUCAAUAGCCAUCACGCUUCUUCUUGGGGUUGGCCUCGGCAGCGGGGUCGCAAUUACCCCCCGAUGGGCUUCUCUCUAUGACGGCACGCCGGGGAGUCUGCUGAUGGCCGGCUAUGACCGGCUUGGUCCCCUUGGGAAGCUGUGCGCCUUCAUCAACGUCUUGACCAUUGUGUCCAACAACGCACCGAGCUCCUACUCGACGGGGUUGAACUUCCAGAUGCUCGGGAAUGUAUGGCUUAGAGUUCCACGUCCUGUCUUCACAAGUAUCAGCACUUUGAUCUACACAGCAUGUGCCAUCGGAGGGCGGAACUCGCUGUAUGAUAUCUCCAAGAAUUUCAUGCCGCUCAUUGGAUACUGGGUCAUCAUCUGGUUCACCGUUGUGGUGGAACAAGACGUACUCUUCAACCGGGGCCAAGGUUACGACUGGUCCUUCUGGAACAAUUGGCUGAAACUCCCCAUGGGAGUUGCAGCUAGCAUAGCCUUUCUGAUCGGUUGGGUAGGAGCCAUCAUUGGCAUGGAUCAGGCCUAUUAUACAGGCCCAGUUGCCAGGGCGGUUUCGGGAGGGUGUGAUCUAGGCAUCUGGCUGGGGUUGUGCUUCACAGCCAUCGCUUUCCCGCCACUCAGAUUGUUGGAGCUAAGAUUAAUUGGCCGUUGAGCGGUAUUUUUGCCAACUGGGGGAGAGUAUCAUCCUAGGCAGCGUGGAUGACGAAAUCCCGGCGGUUUUGGCUCUUCUGACUGGCUAUAUAUGACUCAAUCGUGUCGUUGUUAAGCGGAUUGGCUGUCUGCUUGCUCUGUGUGAAUAGAACUACGGGUAGAUAGUUGUCCUUUCAGUCGUUUUCCCAAUCUGGUGCAGUGCCAUGGCUCGGUUCUUGUUUAGUGCUUGCUAUAUCAGUUCAAUGAAUCAGAUUCCCAUGAG